CCUGGGCGCUCCAGAUCGGCACGAGGCCGCCGGACACGUCAGCCCCCCAUCCGCCGCUCCGCCCCCGAACCCCAACCACCGUCGCGCGCCCCUGGCCACCCACCACGCGUCCCCCCGCCCCGCCCAGCCCAGCCUGCCUCCUCCUUCCUCCGGCGGCUUUAAAUACCAGCCGGGCCAGCCAAAUUACGACGGAACCUUUUCCGAUACCGCCCGCGCGAAACCAAAAGCCAGCCCGAGAAAGAAUCCCGACCUCCCCGUCGCGGAUCCGCCGGCUCGCCCCAGCCCGCGGCUGCGCAUCUUCUUCUUCUUCUUCUUCUCCCGAGUUUCCCGUGCGCUAUUCUCUUCUUUCUUCCCUGCCCACCCCCGGACCUGGGGAAGAAGAAGCAGCGGCGGAGACGGGGCAGGAGGAGCCGGCGGGGGAAGAUAAGGAGAAGCUUCGUUGUUCGUCUCCCCGUCGAUUCGUUUCCGGAUUAGCCAAGGGCGGCUCGAGCUGGGUUGAUUUGAUCCAAAGCUCGCGUAUUUCCCCGGAAUCUUUCUCUCUCUGACGGAGGAGCAGGCGGCGGCGGGAUGGGGUACCAAGUGGUGGCGGCGCAGCUGGCGCGGCUGAGCGGCGCGCUGGGCACCUCGGACCACGCCUCCGUGGUCUCCAUCACCCUCUUCGUCGCGCUGCUCUGCGCCUGCAUCGUCCUCGGCCACCUGCUCGAGGAGAACCGCUGGCUCAACGAGUCCAUCACCGCCCUCAUCAUCGGGCUGUGCACCGGCGUGGUGAUCCUGAUGACCACCAAGGGGAAGAGCUCGCACGUGCUCGUCUUCAGCGAGGACCUCUUCUUCAUCUACCUCCUGCCUCCCAUCAUCUUCAACGCCGGUUUCCAGGUGAAGAAGAAGCAGUUCUUCCGGAAUUUCAUGACAAUCACACUAUUUGGUGCCGUUGGGACGAUGAUGUCGUUUUUCACAAUAUCUCUUGCUGCCAUUGCGAUAUUCAGCAGGAUGAACAUUGGGACACUGGAUGUAUCAGAUUUUCUUGCAAUUGGAGCUAUCUUUUCCGCGACAGAUUCUGUCUGCACUCUACAGGUUCUCAAUCAGGACGAGACGCCCUUUUUGUACAGUCUAGUGUUCGGGGAAGGUGUUGUGAACGAUGCCACAUCGGUCGUGCUUUUCAACGCGCUCCAGAACUUCGAUCCUAACCAGAUCGACGCGAUCGUCAUUCUUAAGUUCUUGGGGAACUUCUGCUACUUAUUCGUGUCAAGCACCUUCCUUGGAGUGUUUACUGGAUUGCUUAGUGCAUACGUCAUCAAGAAGUUAUACAUAGGAAGGUUUGUUCAACCCUCGAGUUCUUUCUUAUCAAGCAUCGAUUUCAUGCGCGAUACUAACUUGGUGUGUUGCUCAACUUAUUUCAGGCAUUCUACUGACCGUGAGGUCGCACUUGUGAUGCUCAUGGCCUACCUCUCAUAUAUGCUAGCUGAGCUGCUAGAUUUGAGUGGUAUCCUCACUGUAUUCUUCUGUGGUAUUGUGAUGUCACAUUACACCUGGCAUAACGUGACAGAGAGCUCAAGAGUUACAACAAAGCAUGCGUUUGCAACCUUGUCCUUCAUUGCCGAGACUUUUCUCUUCCUUUAUGUUGGGAUGGAUGCACUGGAUAUUGAGAAGUGGAAAUUUGCUAGUGACAGCCCUGGCAAAUCCAUUGGAAUAAGCUCAAUUUUGCUCGGAUUGGUUCUGGUUGGAAGAGCUGCUUUCGUCUUCCCGCUCUCGUUCUUAUCCAACCUGACAAAGAAGACGGAGCUUGAAAAAAUAAGCUGGAGGCAGCAAAUCGUAAUAUGGUGGGCUGGGCUGAUGAGAGGAGCUGUGUCGAUCGCUCUUGCUUACAAUAAGUUUACAAGAUCUGGCCACACACAGCUACACGGCAACGCGAUAAUGAUCACCAGCACCAUCACUGUUGUUCUGUUUAGCACUAUGCUGUUUGGCAUCUUGACAAAGCCUCUGAUCCGGUUCCUGCUGCCCGCGUCGAGCAACGGCGCCGCCUCGGACCCCGCGUCACCGAAGUCUCUGCACUCUCCUCUCCUCACAAGCCAGCUAGGCUCGGACCUGGAGGCGCCUCUCCCCAUCGUGAGGCCCUCCAGCCUCCGGAUGCUCAUCACCAAGCCGACCCACACCAUCCACUACUACUGGCGCAAGUUUGACGACGCGCUGAUGCGCCCGAUGUUCGGUGGGCGCGGGUUUGUGCCCUACUCCCCAGGAUCACCCACCGAUCCGAACGUACUCGUGGAAUGAACGUCGCGAAGAAGCAACGGAGAAUCCACUACAGCUUCAGGAGACACUCUGAACUGUAACAUGAAGAGAAGCAAGUGUCGCAGCUUCAGAAGAAGAUGAAGUCUCAGGUAAUACUAUAGCGUUUGGCUGACUCGGAAGGCCGAAGAAGGCGGCCCUCCGAUGAUGGUUCAGAUGAACGGUUGGUUACGGCACCGACAGGAAGAUGAAUCCUAGUAACGGUGAUGCGAGUAUCAUCAGCGCCUUAUCGGUUACGACAAAGCCUGUACAGUUUUGUAUGUAGAUUAACAAGCCAAUUGUAUCCUAUGAGAUCUCCGCUAGCAGGCAGGCGUCUGACCUCCUGCAUCUACCCUUACUUACAAUCUCCUAAUGGAUUGGUGUGUAUCCUGCCAAGUUGUGCCAGAUGAGUGAUGAUCUUGUGGCCUGGUUGCUACAAAGAACUCAUCUCAGACAAGUUAUCUAUCUAUAUCUAUCUUGAAUUGAA